AUGGAGUUGACAAAUCUGAAGAAGCAAAAUGUAACAGAGGAAGAAGCACCAAAAGGAAUCAGUAAGUUGCCGCAUCCACUCCUAGUUGAAAUUUUCUCACUUCUGCCAACAGAGGAUGCAUUCAGAACUUGUGUUAUCUCUAAAGAGUGGCAGCGUCUCUCGACUUUAAUUCAUAGCUUCAAUUUCACUUACCGGGAAAGAGAAGAUUUCUCCUUGAUUCAUAAUGCAUUAGCACAUACCCUCUCUCCCAAAAUUAAAAAGUUCCAACUCGACUUUUCUCACUUGUGUCUAUCAGAUUGCAGUUUCAGGACUGAAUAUGAAACCCUAGUCAGUCAUUGUUUUUGUUUUUCUGUUGAAAGACAAGUGGAAAAUGUUGUAUUUUGGUUUCAGUAUAGUUAUGAGUGCACAUUGCCUGAAUCUUUCUGCACAUGUUCGUCGUUGAUAACUUUAGAUGUUAAACAUUGUGGCUUUAAUAACGCGGUCAUAUCGUGGAACUCUCUAAAGAGUAUAAAGUUGGGGCAUUUGAUGCUAACCGAUGAUGAAAUGGUGAAAUUACUGUCAGGCUGUCCAGCAUUGGAAACAAUGGAAUUAUAUUCGUAUCAUGGUUUCCGUCGCCUGGAAAGUAAUUCUUUGCUUUUACAGACAUUAAAGUUGAAAGAUUAUCAAUUUCCUGAAAAUGGAAAUGACUUAGAAAUUCUUGCCCCAUAUCUUCAGCAUUUGGAAAUAUCAGGAGAACUUUAUAAUCUCAACAUUGCCUUUAGCAAAGACAUCCCAAGUUUUUAUGAGGGAGACAGCUGCCGUGACUAUCAUCAAACAGUAUAUUCCCUCGUCCAAAAUAAUCUUCAAAAGUUAUGUGAUGCAACUGAGCUAACAAUGGGAACUUGGUUCACAGAGUUCAACGGGGUGCCCGUUUCAGAAUUGAAUUGCAAAUAUCUAACGCUGGUGUUGCAUAUGAAAAUAUUUAAUAUGUACGGAGUAGCUGGUCUUUUGAGAGCCUCGCCUCAUGUGGAAACUACGCAGUUAGAUGAUUUCCCUUUCUACUUUCUUGACGAUUUCCGCUGCAAAUCUGAGUUACUUGAUUUGGCCAAAGGAGAUGAUAUGGAUUUGCUGAGUGGGGUUUCAAGCGUAGAGUAUCACAACCUCAAGAAGGUUAAGAUUGUCAUCUCCUCAGAGGCGUGCUUGAAAGAUCAUGUCAAAAGGGGAUUUGAAAAGGUUUCCAAGCUUUUAGAAUUUCUAUUACUGAAUGCACUGGUUUUGGAGAAUUUCGUUAUCGUAUCAAAGAAAAGAAGGUGCGAGACAUGUUCAAUUAACUGUCUAUCCCAAUUUUUAUCUCGAUUGGCUGACAACUUGUUAGGUUGUCCAAGAUCGUCUACCAAUUCUGAGAUUAUCUUCCAUGAGUGA